GGCUCUAGUGCUAGCGCGCCAUCUACGGGUAAAGCGUGUAUGGUCAGCUAACUGAGCCAGCUCGCUCAUUUACUUGCACAAUGGCGGAGGCAGAAAGGGAUAUGCAGCCUGUGGAUUGUGCUAUCAUUCACAACAUCUACGACAAUGGCAGUGCGAGGGAACACUUCGAAUUUGAGCUGGACCAGGCCCUCGAGGCAAGACGCAAUAUCAUCAUCAUAGAACCCGCUCAUCUUGGAGACGAGACUGCUCGUUGGAUCACCGUAGGGAACUGCUUACAUAAGACAUCCGUCCUAUCUGGCAUGGCCUGCCUUGUCGCCCCAGCCCUGCUACCACAUCAGGCAGUUAACUUUAUCACUUUCCCGACAGGGACAGUAAGCGUGGCUUGUGCUCUUCUGUACGGAGUAUCGUGGCAGUCGGACCCAUGCUGUAAAUAUCAGGUUGAGUAUGACACUCGGAAUCUAUCCCGGCUACCGCUUCAUUCCCUGACGACAGCGACACCCGUAGUUCUGGUUAGAAAGGACGAUAAGUACAGGAAAGCUCUUCACAACUUUGUAGCCGGGCUAGCAGCGGCUCUUUUGGCAUACAAAGUCUACCAAUGGUGUAUUCGCUAACGCAACGCUUCAGAGUUAGUGUGUUAGUACUUUUAAAAGUUUUAAUUGCAUCUAUCGCCAAAGGAAGAUGUGAACUGAUUGUUGAGGAGCUUGAUAGUGAUGAUUUCACAUUGAGUUCUGUGAUUAUCAAUCAGGCUAACUUGCCAUUGCUGGGAUUUAAUGAAGGAUUAUACCUGCAAGAAAGACAAACUGUUGAGAGAUGAAGUUAUGAUGGAUUUGCUAUUGGAAUGAUUGUCUGAGUUACUACUAUUUUACUAGUAUGUGUGUGUCAUUUUAUAUGUUGUGUCGAAUGUGUGAUCACUUUCAAAGGUUGUUACAUGUAGUCCAAAUCAGUUCAUUAAUGCUAACAUUGAAAUGCAGUGAGGUAUGACUAAUGAAUUGUCUGUUAGUUCUCGUUGGUGCAAAGAAGACAGUUGGAUAAUUCAGAUUCCCAAGAUUUUACCAUUUUAUUGUUAUGAUUACUAAGUCCCAAGGUACUAUUCAACCAAGAAAUCAUUACAUUAGUCAUUUCUUUUUAUGUACAUCAAAGGCAAUACUCUAUCCUACACUAAUUUUACAACAAAGGACUUUCUGAUUGUAAAAAGUCCUCUUUUUGAAUUGCAAUUUUUAAAUAAAAUUAUACAUGUAUGCUGGUGCCAAAAACCUGUUGCUUGGUGCUGUCUACCAGUUUCAAGAUUACUGUACAUCCUACAAUGCUCUACAUAUCUUUACGUUAACCUUCAUCUUUUUGGCCUUUAAUAUUUAGCAUUGUAACACCCAACCGUAGUGGAGGUACAUGCUUGUCUGAAAAUAACCGACUUGAUCUUGAUCUACAGUGUACAUGUAUUUAGUUUUUCCAGAAAUUUCAAGUUUGGUUCACGUUGUGAGAUCACAUGUCUUCCUAAAUUUAUUUUUCUUUCAACUUGAGCAGUUUCUUUGAAAAUGAGCUGUAUGCGGGGUCCACUUGUAUGUGAAAUGGUGCAUACAUGUACAUUAUGUUGAUGCUAGAGCCCAAAUGAUGCACUAUUUGCUAAGUGAUUUGAUGUGAAAUAUUUGAUACCACUAGAUUGUUUUAGUCCAGUUUGGCACAGAAUUUUAACAAAAUUCUAAAUUAAUCGUAUCUGAAUUUAUCUCAGUGUAGAAUUCUUAAGCCACUUGAACUGACGUUGUAAGAAUAUUUAUCAGGGGAAGGAAGUCAAGUCUCAGGCAUUUAAUCUAUUCCUGUGUCACAUUGACCAGUGUCAACACUUCCAGGAAGGAAAGUGCCUACAAAAUGAUGUUUCCUUUGUGAACUGUCAAGACACUUUGGAUUUAUACACUUGGUGCAUGGGGAGACACUAGAUUUCUGAAAAGAUAGGAGUGGUGAUUUUUUUACACUCAUCACUAACAGAUCGCUACUGAUGAUGGCCAUCUCAUAACAAUGUUUUUAUGAAUUCAAUAGCAAUCCGUUCUCAUAUUAGAAACAUGUAUGUCAUAGGAAAGUCGACAUGUACAUGUAGCUAUUGUUAUGUAAAUGUACGUGUUACAUGAAUCUCAGGUCCCACCCCCCUGUAUUUUAGUACAGAUUGAAAAUUGACAUAUCUCUUUUUGCAAUAAUCUCCCCAAAAAGGAAAAGAAACCAAAUGUAUAGGAUGGACUAAGUAAAUGAUACCUACAUGUAGAUGCAUGUGUCUUGGUGUACUACAUGUACAAGUACUGGACAUACUCCAAAAUAAAAGACCACAUAUAUAUGGUAAUCCUAAUACCAGCAGAAAAUUAAAUAGUGAUAGUGGACAGAAAUAUCCACAUCAGUUAUAUUUAGACUGACUAGGUACAUGCACUCUGUAUGUGCAUUCCUGUAUUUAACAACUUUACUGCACUGGAUACAAGAUUAAAGGCGUACUUCAGGCUGAAAAUAAUGUGAUUUGAAUAGAUUCAGUAAAAUCAGACAAACAAAACAAUUAAAAUGUCACGAAAGGAAAAACAAGCUUUAAUAUGACAUUUUGUUUUCAAUAAUCUUUUGCAUGUCAUGAAUAUUUCAAUGAGCCAGUUGAUGAUUUAUAAAUAUAUCAAUAAUCAAUAUGUAAUAAAUAAGUGAAAGAAAAUGUCUUUAAUAAACCAUACAACCUAAUGCAUUCAAUUCUUGAAAACUCUUGAAAACUUGUAUUAUAACAGAAAUGAUGAAGAAUGAAUCAUAUGAAAUGAUCUCUCAUGAUCUGCAGAUUAGUAAGGAUAUCAAGAGGAUUUCAUUAUUCACCCUUUUAAUCCACUAUAGAUCAUCUAUGAUGGGUUAAGCUACACUUAGAUCCUUCGGAUUAAAAGCCAAGCUAUGUUAACAGGAUGCAUAUGAGCCGAAAGAGAUUGGAGAAAGUUUAUCCAUACUUCUCCAAUAAUUACCUCAAAAUUAUCUUUCUCAAUUUCAAAUGACAAAGUUUUGAUUUGCGAGUAAUAUUUUCUGACAUUUAUUCUACACCACUACAGCUUUUGCAUGCAAAUAUUAAGACUUCAGGAUUUGAUUUUGUGCUUUAAUGACAUUAAUAUGGACUUUCUUUUGAAGAAAUAUAUGUUUUCUCUGUGUUUGAAACUGUCAGUAUUAUGUCUACAUAUUUUAUCGUAUUUGAAUUAAAUUCUUCAUGUAGCAGUAUCAGUAGUCAAAACAAACAUCAAAUUACACAUGUAAUGUGCAAGUACAAUGUAGGCAUACACUGUAUGUCAGUAUGUGUACAUUUACCUUCAAGUAAUGUGUAUUAUUAAAAUAAUUUCUGAUAUAGCGUUGAAAAUUCUAAGAGGCUACUUGCAUAAUUUUUUUUUAUGUUUUGAAAUUUUGAUUAGUAUUUUUCUCUUAUUACAUAAGCCCAUAUACUGUAUGUAAAUCCGGGUUUAAUGUAAACUCGGGUCUAAAACUGUGGUUUAACUAUGGACAGACAAUUGCAACAGGUACAUGUAUAUCUAACAGUACAAAUUCAAUUUGUCAGCUCAUUUGACACUUAUAAUUGACUUGGAAUAAUUCUUGAAAUAGCUCUCUUCAUCAUUUGAAAUAUGAAUUAGGUCAUGGCCUAUAUGUUAAACCUGACUUCAGAAUACCGGUCAUUGAGUUUAAAUAAGGGUUUACCUUUCUGUAAGCGCUGUGGUGUAGUGGUUCUGACUCUCACCUUUUAAUCAGAGGGUCGUGUGUUCGAAUCCCACCAUGGCCUUGCGUCCUUUGGCAAGGCGUCAAUCCACACUUUGCCACUUUCACCCAGGUACUAAUUGGGUUCCGGGUAGGAAACAACCAUCAUUGUGGUUGGUUUAUGUGCGCCUUACAGGCUGCUAAAAAGUUAUGAAUCCAGUGACCGGGUAAUAAUAAUUGUGAAGCACUUUGAGCAGUCGUAGAUUGAUGAAGCGCUAUAUAAAAGCCAAUUAUUAUUAUUAUUGUUAUUUCUCAUUGGAGCCAUUGAUGUCUGAAUCAUCUACAUGUACAUGUAAUUCCUGUCUAGUUCCAAUAUAAGGUAAACCAGGGUUGUUUCCUUUGCAGCUAAGAUCGAUUUCAAGGAAGAUAUAUGUAAAACCACACUUGAAUGAGAUUAACACACCAAUUUAAGUUUCCACCAAUGAUAUUGCACAAUUCUAUGUGCUUGUGUAUGCUUAUUAUGCAUGGAUUGGGGACUUUGAGGUCACGCUGAAAACUAUAGAUUGCCAGAUACAAAUGCACAUUGAAUUUUAAUGUGCCGUUUCUGCAUGAAUACAUAUACAAGCACUUUUUAAUCUGUCGAUGCAUUUUCUGUUCAUUGGUUAAUGAUGUGGAAUUUGUUGAUAUUGAACUUGCAAAAUCAAUGAAGUUAAUGAAGAUUUAGAUCUUGUUAACUUGCUGUCACGGCUAGCUGAUCAGUAUCUACAGUACACUUGUACAUCCUUGGAGCACGGCAAUGUCCAGAUAUAGGUACAGUACGUUUUUUGUGUAUUCAAUUCAAUUCUCAUGAUACCAUAAUUAACAGGCUAGGGAUGGGGGGGGGGAGGGUCUGUCCCCUUAUUAUAUUUUCUCAUAAAAUUAAUGAAAUGUUGAUGCCAAAAUCUAUUGUUUUCAUGUUGUCUGGAUCUAUACAGUUUGAUCCGAUUAUAGUUUGAGUUACAUGUGUUGUUUAUCAGAUAACAAUUGACCUUGGCACAUGAGAGAAGUAUCCAUAGCUUAAAUGCUGUGUGUGUAAAUAUACUAUCAGAAACUAAACAUUUGUCAAGGAAAUCCUCUUAUUCUCUUAAUGAACAGUCUUUGUGUUGUGGACCUGGUGGCCAACUAAAAAAUCCUCAUAGGCUUUAUAGAGGUGCAUCUAGUGUGCAAGUAGGCAAGGGAUUGAUGGAGUACAUGUACAGUAUGAUGGAGUAUUUACUCUGCAUCCCAUGGACUGACUAGGUCCAUGCUUGGACAAUGGGGACAAGUUUUAUCAGUGAAAGAUGAGAAUGCAUCUGACCCAGGGGAAGGAGGUAGCCCCCCCCCCCCUGGGAUAGUUCAAACUACAGUUCAUUGCUGUGUACAUGCAUGAACACAUGUUAAUUCCUUUUAAACACACACACCUUAUCACAUAUUUUUCAUUAUUUAAAUGAUACCCUUUGCAUGUAACUCCAUGUGGUUUCUAUGUAAAAAUUUCCCCCCCCUAAACAGGUGUAAAGCCUAUAAAUCACCCCUUGUCAAGAAAUUUCAAAUUGCAGAAAUCUCCAGACCAAUACGGGGAAACAAGACCUCAAAUGAAAAAGAAGUUAUUUGUUUUCUUCUUAAUUUUUGACACAUUGACACAAACGCAUCAUGUCCUACCCGGAAAAAGCAAAAGUAUCCUAACACAUUUUUAUUUUCUGUUCCUUGAUGAGUAUGCAAUGUACCACUAGUUGAGUGCCCCCCCCCCUUCUCCCGAGUAUCUGUCAUAAACACCGGUAUCAAAGCAAUACCAUGUCUUUUCUUUUGCAACAGGUAUCAGAUGUGAUUAUGUAUGAUUAAAUGUCAGCAUCCCAUUUUCAA